AUAGAAAGGAAAACUCACAUACGUUUUCCUCUCUCUUAUUUUGCAAGCAAAGAAACUUAACGAGGAAGCUGCAUUUCUGGUCACUAAAACUUCCAUAUUUAGCUAACCCUCCCCUUUCGUACAAAAUCAAAAGCACGACGUACAACUAAACAGAAAAAUGGAUGCAAAGAUCGGAAAAUUCUUUGAAUCGAUCGGCGAUUUCUUUACCGGCGGAGAUCAAAUUCCGUGGUGCGACUCUGAUAUAGUCGCUGGUUGUGAACGCGAAGUGGCAGAGGCAGAAAAAGGUUCAUCUGAUGAGCUUAAAAGUGAAUGCAUUAUGCGUUUGUCUUGGGCUCUUGUUCACUCAAAAAGGCCUGAAGAUGUACAGCGUGGGAUAGCAAUGCUUGAAGCUUCUUUGGGUGGCAGUAGCAGUCCCCUGCAAAUGAGAGAAAAGCUUUAUCUUCUGGCUGUUGGGUACUAUAGAAGCGGGGACUAUCCAAGGAGCAGGCAGCUUGUUGAUCGUUCUUUGGAGAUUGCACCGGAUUGGAGGCAAGCCUUGACACUCAAGAAAACAAUUGAAGAAAAAAUUACCAAAGAUGGAGUUAUUGGCAUUGGCAUUGCUGCUACUGCUGUUGGAGUUUUGGUUGGUGGAAUUGCAGCUGCUUUGGCCCGCAAGAAUUGACUUGCCAUAAACCACUAUUGUGCAUAAUGAACUCGCCCCUUUCCAUUUGGUCCUUAUUUGAAGCACAUGAAUUCCAAUUUGUGUGCGUAAAAUUUUGAAACUUUUCUUUGAAUGAUAGAAACAAUAACAUGUACAACUGAAGCAAGAAGGGAUUUCAUUUUUCUAAUUUAUAUGUAGUUUAUAAAUUUGUCAUCAAAAAGCAUAGAUAUUCAGACUC